UGAGUGUGUGGAAUAUGCUUGCGUUACAUAGGCGCAUACGACAUCCGCUGCGUUUAUAAGUGCACUUCGAACGUAUCGCUCAUCAUCUUCUACAAAUAACAAAGAUCCAACUAUUAGAUCAAUCUCUCUCUGUCUCCCAACCAAAACAGACAUGGGUUUGAAGGAGGAUUUUGACCAGUAUGCUGAGAAAGCCAAGACUUUGCCAGAGAGCACCACAAAUGAAAACAAGCUUAUCCUUUAUGGAUUGUAUAAGCAAGCCACUGUUGGACCUGUCAACACCAGCCGUCCUGGAAUGUUCAACAUGAGGGACAGAGCUAAAUGGGAUGCAUGGAAAGCUGUUGAAGUGAAAUCCCAGGAGGAAGCAAUGAACGAUUACAUCACUAAGGUGAAACAACUGCUGGAAGAAGCUGGCCUUGCUGUCUGACAACAUUGUGAUGUCUUGCUUUCUGAUUCUGUUUUAGAAAUUCUCAAGUGUUUGGAAAUAAACAAUGGCAGUGUUUGGAACUCUAUUAUAUAAUCUUAUUUAUUCCUGAUGAAUUAGAUAUGUUGCUUUGGGUUCAGUUAAUUGUGUCACUGUUAUGAAAUGCCUGUAGACAGAUGCAAUGGAGACAAAUUUUCUAUAUAGUAUAAUUAAAACUAUUUCAACUUUUGAU